GCGUUUAAGGCAACUAAAACGCUCGUUUUUCCAACACCGGGGACGCACAAGCGCACCGUCCAGCUGACCUGAGCCAUGGCUGCAGAGGAGAAAGCCGUCGGGGGCCAGAGGAUGCAGCUCCUGGAGAUCAGCUCCGGCUCUCCCCGACCGGAGGCCAGAGGCGCGGAGGAGAAGCAGGAUGACGAGGGGAGCGUCCAGCCGGAGAAGCCGCCGUACUCAUACGUGGCUCUGAUUGCCAUGGCCAUCAAGGAGAGCCGGGACAAGAGGGAAACCCUGAGCGGGAUUUACAAGUACAUCGUCUCCAAGUUCCCGUACUACGAGAACAACAAGAAGGGGUGGCAGAACAGCAUACGGCACAACUUGUCUCUCAACGAGUGCUUCGUCAAGGUGCCGCGGGACAGCGGAGGGGACAGGAAGGGCAACUUCUGGAUGCUGGACCCGUCGUUCGACGACAUGUUCGAGAAGGGGAACUACCGGCGCCGGAGGAGGGUGCGGAGACCCAGACCCCCCUGCCUGCCGUACCUGGCGGGGAAACCCGCGGAGUAUCCCGAGUCGCUCUACCUCCAGCCGUACGUGAGCGGCCCCUGGGGGCUGCCGCACGCGAGCGGGUACCCGGCGCAACAGGUGGUCUCCGCGUCCAGCGGCGGGGGCUCCUACUGCGCGCCCUCACACUUCCACCACGCCGUGUACGGGACCUACCAGCACCCCCACGCGUCCGUCCUGGUUCCCCACAGCGGACACCCGUACGGAGGAGUGACCCAGCCCGUGAGCCCGGACGGAGCCACCGUCUCCGUGGCUUGCAGCUACCCGCAGUUCUCCACCUAUGGCCGGCAAGCGGAGGCGCGGCUGGUUUAUUUCCCGGACCAGUGAGAGGACUCGGAGCAGGCAGAGACGCUUCACCAUUUCAGGCCGGCUGGCUGUCGGGCGUUCGGCAACUUCGUUGUUCAAGUUCAUUGUUCGAUGGUUGGAUUCCUAAGAUCUACCCUGUUUUCCCUUAAACACGUUCUCUCUGUUUUUAGGCGCAUCAGCUAUUGUUUCAGAAACCUAAACUGUACAGAGUAAACUGCAGUUAUUCCGACAUUAAAACCGAAGCACCCAGAACUGACACGACUUAAUUUGUCAUUUUUUCCUCCCCUGUUGAGUCAGGAAAUGUUUUCUAAUGUCAGCCUGAAUAUUUAAUUUUUUUUAGCUUAUAUUUUUUUGCAUUUAAAAUGUUGAGCAUAGGCUGUAUAUGUGUUAUUUAUUUUUAUUUCUUAUUUUUGAGCUGCUACAUGAUACUGAAGCACUGACUCCUUUAUAUGUUAUAUAUGUUGUUU